AUGUACUUCAUUCUCAGCUUCACUGCGAUGCAGUCUGGGGUCCUUGUGGCCAUGGCUUUAGAUCGCUACGUGGCCAUCUGUGAUCCCCUGAGACAUUCCACCACUCUGACAAACUCUGUGGUGGCCAAAAUUGGCCUGGCCUUGGUGCUUCGUGGUGCCAUGUCCGUACUGCCCAUUCCCUUGCUAGCGAGGAGGUGGCCAUAUUGCAGAACCAAUAUAAUUUUCGACACAUACUGUGAGCACAUAGCUGUGGUGAAGCUGGCCUGUGUCGACAUCAGCCUCAGUAGUUACUACAGCCUCUCUGUGGCAUUCUUCGUGAUCGGUCUGGAUGUGUUUUUUAUCGCUGUGUCCUAUACCCAGAUCCUCAGGGCCAUCUUCAACCUCCCAACAAAGGACGCCCGGCUCAAGACUUUUGGGACCUGUGGCUCCCACCUCUGUGUCAUCUUAUCCUCUUACAUCCCAGCUCUCUUCUCCUUCCUCACGCACCGGUUUGGGCACAAUGUGCCCCAGCAUUUACACAUUCUCAUGGCAAACAUUUACCUCUUGGUGCCCGCCAUGCUAAACCCCAUCAUCUAUGGGGUGAGGACUCAACAGAUCCGGGAUAGGCUACUCCAGCCCUUUACUCAUAAAGGGACCUAA